AUGCAAAGCACAACAGACACCCUAGGUGACAUCUUCGGCUCUUCCCCUCCCAGGACCACCCCGGAAACUGCGACUACACCCAACCCCCAAGAAUCCGAGCUCUCAGACCUCCCCUCCCUCCGCCGCCAACACCUCACAGCCGGAUACCGCGAUGGCGUUACGUCCUCCAAGAACGAACACCUCCAGCGCGGCUUUGAUGCAGGCUUCCCCGUCGGCGCUCAAUUGGGGAUGCGCGCUGGCACGGUCUUGGGUAUUCUAGAGGGUAUCGUACGGGGAUACGAGGGGAACAAGUCGGCGGGUGGUGGGGUUGUGAAAAAAAUGCAGCGCAGUGCCAAUUCCCGCUCUCCGAAUACUGCAGUAAUCACAGCCGGCAAUGGCGACGAUGGAAAUAAGCAUGAAACGGAGAAUAGCGAACUCCAAAGAAAUGAUGUCAGAGAACAGGUCCUACGUGUCUUCAGGGCUGCCGUGAACGAGUUGAGCGUGCAGAAUGUUUUCUCGGAAAUGGAAGUCGAUCCGAACCGGGACAGACAGGAAGGAAAAGAGAAGCCUGAAGGCAGGCUAAAGCGGAGAGGGGAUGGUGUUGUUUCGCAAUGGGAAGAGAAGGUCGCGGUUUCGCAUUGGGAGGAGGCUAUGGAGGCUCUGGAGGAGAAGGAUGGAGAGGACGGGGAGCCUGCGGGACAGAGUUGA